ACGAAGCCGGCGUUGCGCCUCUCUGACUGUAUGCGCGCCCGACCGGAGGCAUAACAGCGUUGAUACUAUAGUCAAAAUGAAAGGCACUUAAUUGUUAUCUACUAUAAUAUUGCUGUAUAUACUAAAUUUAAGAAUGAUAGUUUCAGUAUUUCCUGAACAUCUGACAGUGCUAGAACAAGUGUAUGAGUACGGACCACGUGGUGGAUCACCGUUUGACAAGUUUUGUGCAAAUUUUAUACGUAUUCUCGAUAUAUACAUACAUAUAUAUAUACGUAUAUACAUAAACGUACGACAUAUAUAUAUAUUCGAGUGGACACAUUGUACAGACAUUUAGACACGCUAUAUUACAAUAUCCAACGGAAUAAACGCACUGGUGUACAUAGAUGUAUUUUUUGAUUUUGUAAAUGCAUCGUUCGGUUUCUCGUAAAAAGGAUUACUCCAAGUUUUAGCCAUGGCAACACUGGGCGUAGCAACACUGUGUAUAGCUAUCCUGCUGUUGAGCUCAAGCGACAAUCCUGAAGCCGCAAGGAAAAGAUUGCGUCGACCGACGACCACGAGUCCAGCAAUUUCGACGGAUCAGGAAGUGUCAGCGAGCAUUAAUAGAUUCAAAAUAAAUCGUGGUCGCAUAAACACUAAAGGAUCAACAAACGAACUUCAGACGCCUAGCAAAAAUGAACACAAGAUUGUUUGCUAUUACACAAAUUGGUCCCAGUAUCGUACAAAGAUUGGAAAGUUUAUGCCCGAGGAUAUACAACCAGAUCUUUGUACGCAUAUUAUAUUUGCAUUCGGAUGGCUGAAGAAAAAUAAAUUAACAAGCUUCGAGUCGAACGAUGAAACCAAGGAUGGGAAACUUGGACUGUACGAGAGAAUAAUGACUCUGAAAAAGGCUAACCCAUCUUUGAAAAUACUUUUGGCCAUAGGCGGUUGGUCUUUCGGCACCCAAAAGUUUAAAGACAUGUCAUCGUCACGAUACGCGCGUCAAACAUUCAUUUACAGUGUUAUACCAUAUUUGCGUAAUCGUAAUUUCGACGGUUUGGAUAUGGAUUGGGAGUAUCCUAUGGGCGGAGAUGAUAAAAAGAAUUUCGUUCUGCUAUUGAAAGAACUACGCGAGGCUUUCGAGGCAGAAGCACAGGAACGAAAGAAACCGCGCUUAUUAUUGACGGCUGCGGUGCCGGUUGGACCUGACAACAUUAAAGGUGGUUACGACGUUCCAGCGGUUGCCAGUUACCUCGAUUUUAUAAACUUGAUGGCGUACGACUUUCACGGAAAGUGGGAAAAGGAGACCGGUCACAACGCGCCUCUUUACGCUUCGUCGUUGGAUUCGGAAUGGCAAAAGCAACUGAGUGUCGACAAUGCUGCUGCUAUAUGGGUUCGCCUUGGAGCUCCGAAGGAAAAAUUAAUAAUCGGUAUGCCUACGUACGGUAGGUCCUUCACACUGUCGAAUCCUGCGAACUGGAAAGUUCAUGCACCGGCAAGCGGAGGAGGAAAGGCUGGAGAGUACACCAAAGAGUCUGGUUUCAUUGCUUACUACGAGAUAUGUGAAAUGUUGUUGAAUGGCGCUGCUUACGUGUGGGAUGAUGAGAUGAAAGUCCCCUAUUUGGUUGACGGCGAUCAAUGGGUGGGUUUCGACGACGAACGUUCGAUCAGAAACAAAAUGCACUGGCUUAAAGAUAAGGGAUAUGGCGGUGCUAUGGUUUGGACGGUAGAUAUGGACGAUUUCAACGGAACCGUUUGUGGCGGGAACGUCAAAUACCCUCUGAUAAGUGCUAUAAGAGAGGAACUCAGAGGAAUGCCACGAGAGAAUAACGCGAAGGAUGUGAAUUGGAGUUUAGUGGCCGCAACCAUAACCGAAGAAGUUGUUGAAAAGCCGGAACCGUAUAAAAUUUCAGCAUCGGAACUACUGUCCAAAGUAAAAAAGGUUAACAAGCCCAUAGUGCAAUCAGCGAACAGUGUAGCAAAACGUGAAAGAGAACCCUUCACGAUCUGCUAUCUCACUAACUGGUCGUACAAAAGACCAGGAUCUGGAAAGUUCCUGCCUGAAGAUAUCGAUCCUACUCUCUGUUCUCACGUCAUCUACGCGUUUGCUACCUUGAAGGAUCAUUUGUUGACCGAGGGCAGCGACAAGGACGCUGAUAUGUACGAACGUUUGAUAGCUCUGAGAGAAAAAAAUCCCGACAUAAAGAUACUUCUUGCAAUCGGUGGAUGGGCGUUCGGUUCAACCCCGUUCAAAGAACUGACAAGCAAUAUGUUCAGGAUGAACCAAUUCGUCUACGAAGCGAUAGAUUUCCUCAGGGAAUAUAAAUUCGAUGGUCUGGACGUUGACUGGGAAUAUCCACGUGGCGCCGAUGACCGUUCUGCGUACGUGAAUCUUCUGAAGGAAUUGAGGGUUGCAUUCGAAGGAGAAGCCACGAGUUCGGGACAACCGAAAUUAUUACUGUCUGCAGCGGUGCCUGCUAGUUUCGAAGCUAUUGCUGCCGGGUACGAUGUACCAGAGAUAUCGAAGUACUUGGACUUCAUAAACGUGAUGACAUACGACUUCCAUGGUCAGUGGGAAAGACAAGUUGGUCACAACAGCCCGCUGUAUCCGCUGGAAAGCGCAACCAGUUAUCAAAAGAAAUUGACUGUGGACUACAGUGCUCGUGAAUGGGUGAAGCAAGGUGCGCCGAAAGAAAAAUUGAUGAUAGGAAUGCCGACCUACGGUCGAUCCUUCAAGUUGGUUGACAACGAGAAGUUUGACAUCGGCGCACCAGCUUCAGAAGGUGGAACCGCUGGAAAAUUCACGAACGAGUCUGGAUUUUUGUCGUAUUACGAGGUGUGCUCAUUCCUCAAUGAAGACAAUACUACUUUAGUUUGGGAUAGCGAACAGCAGGUUCCUUUCGCGUACAGAGACGAUCAAUGGGUUGGAUUUGACGACGAGCGGAGUUUGAUGAACAAGAUGAGUUGGCUAAAAGAAGAAGGCUUCGGUGGAAUCAUGAUAUGGUCUGUCGAUAUGGAUGACUUCAAAGGAACAUGUGGAACUGGCAAAUACCCGCUGAUCAAAGCGAUGAAAAAAGAACUUUUGGAUUACUCUGUUAAACUGGAAUAUGACGGUCCGUACGAAAGUUUUUCGAAGAGUGGAAAAUACACAACCAAGGAUCCAAAUGAAGUGGUUUGCGACUCAGAGGACAACCACAUCUCAUACCACUCUGACAAAAAUGAUUGCACAAGGUACUACAUGUGCGAAGGUGAACGAAAGCACCACAUGCCAUGUCCAGUAAAUCUGGUCUUCAACCCUAACGAGAAUGUGUGUGAUUGGCCAGAGAACGUUGAAGGAUGUCUACAGCAUACACAAGCCCCACCUGCAGCUUAAAGCUCAUUAAUAAUAUUAUACUAUGUAUAGAUUAAACGGAAGACACCAAGUGGUAAAUAAAUUUCUAUUUCUACAUGACUUAUUACCAAUAGCCUGUAUCGCAACUUUUUCCAGGCAUAUACAAUUCACAUACUCACUUACGCGCUAUCCCAGGACGCAUUUUUAUUUAGGAUACGGGACCAUGAACCUCGAAGUAACAAAAGUUUCAACGUUGUAGAGAAUUCUCAGAAAAAGCCUAUUGGCGGUCAGAUUGAAAUUCAUUAAUUAAUCACUCCUACCGAACUCUUGAUAUCGAAAAUCAUUUAAUUCGGCCUCUUUGAAGUCAGUACCGCUUCCUUGUGUUCAAUUAUAAAUCACUAUGAACACUGUAUCGGUUCAUCAAUCAUCCAUUGCCUUCAGAGUCCCGCUCCACGUGCGACGGAGAAAGUAAAGUCAUCCUCGUCAUCUAGACCAUAAAUUAUUCUCCCGAUUCGGCUUCUUUUUGCCAGUUUCUACACUUCCGGCUCAAUUACUGCAUCGGUUCAUUGACGAGGAGACAUCCUCUUGAAUUGAAAUUAAAUAUUUAAAACUCAUUUCGAUUUUGACUAAUUAUUACUCUAUCAUAUUGUUGUCUCAAAAUAAUUGGCUUCGUAAAAAAUUGGAACUGAUUUGCUUAAAUAUAUUGAAAUAAAAUACAAAAUAUUUACUGCAUGCCUGAAUAAUUACAUGUAAGAUGUAUAAUACAAAAUUUCAAUAAUGAGUUAAGAAAUAAAUAAAACGAGGAUCAAUUUGGUAUCCGAUGUAUCUUACUUUUACAAAGCAUAACUUCUUUUUAUUAUGUUUUUCUUCUGUCACAGUAUAUACCUAAUAUAUAUAUAUAUAUAUAUAUAUAUAUAUAUAUUUAUAUAUAUAUUACAUAUCCGCAUUGGUAUAUAUUGUCUUCCUUGCAUUUUACACCGAUAGUUUACUUUAAAUGUAUAGUAGAUCGUUAUUUAAGAUUAAGUGUAGCAUAUUUUAUUAUUAUAAGUCAACAUUUGUAAUAAAAUAAUAUAUAUACAUAUAUAAUACUGAAAACAAUUCAUAUUAUUAUACGAUGACCAUUUUUGUGGAAUUAAUUGUCGAGUAGAAUGCUUUCUAUCCCAAGCUAUAUUCCCGUCAUUCGGUGUAUUAUUAAGAAAUCACAAUAACUUUUGUUUCUAUCUACGUCGGCGCUGAUUAUUACAAGUGUAAUGUUGAUGCUACAAUGCGCAACAGCUGAAUUAUGCACUUUUGAUUGAAAUUCUAUGUUCGAUAUGUAAAAUGAAACGUCUCCAGUGGGACAUUGGUAAUAUGCAACGUAAUAUCACUCUUUAUAAAUUAUUCAAAAAAUUUAACACCCAAUCCCACAGAGGCACUCCUCAGUAAGCUACGAUACUGUUGUUGUUAUUAUUAUUAUUAUUAUUAUUAUCAUUACUAUUAUUAUUAUUAUUAUUAUUUAGCGCUUCAAUUAUAGAGCCGUUUUCAUUAUUUCAUAAUUAAUCACAAUCAUUGUUAUAAUGAUAAAUCUGGUCAGAGCUGUUGGGGAUAUUCGUCAAUUCAUAGACAUAGGAUAUGAGUUCCAGUCACGAAGUACAACAAAAUUAUCUAAUUCAAGGUAAAAGGAGAAACGAAGCAUCAAAAAAUCAUUACCACAUUAUAACGGAUUUUUCCAGACCAAAAUGACUGGUAAUUUUGGUUCUCAUACUUUUGCACGCGUUUAGAAACUGAAAA